AUGGGAAAUGAGAAUGUUACAUCAUGGAUGGAAUUUCAUCUUGUUGGGCUUGUGCAUCUAAGGGCACCCACCAUAUUUUUUGCCGUCGUUCUGUUUAUGGCUUUUAUCGCUCUGCUGGGAAACUGUCUCCUGCUCUUUCUAAUCCAAAUGGACGCCUCACUUCAUACCCCAAUGUACUUUUUCCUCAGUCAACUGUCCUGCAUGGAUAUAGGUCAAAUCCUCAUUGUUGUCCCUAAAAUGUCUGCGAACUUUUUAAGCCAAACAGACACCAUUUCACUCGGAGGUUGUGUGGCCCAGAUUUUUCUCACUCUGACCAUGGGGAGUUCAGAAUGCCUCGUCUUGGCUGUCAUGUCGUACGACAGGUACGUGGCCAUCUGCAGACCCUUGCAGUACCCAGUCCUCAUGAGGAGAACCAUCUGCCUCAUCAUGACUGUAGGAAUUUGGUCUUCAUCCUCACUUAGCAUCCUGGUCAUUGCGAUUUAUGUUCAGUCUCUGCCCUACUGUGGUUCGAACGUGAUUGACCAUUUUGUCUGCGAGUUCCCAGCUUUGCUGAAGCUGACCUGUGCUGACACAUCUGCCUUUGAAAAAGUGAUUUACUUUGACAACGUGUUGCUACUUCUCCUCCCCAUCUUAGUCAUCAUUUCCUCCUACAUUGCCAUUCUUGUGCAAGUUUUGAGCAUGCGCUCAACUGAGGGAAGACACAAGGCUUUGGGGACCUGCUUGUCCCACUUGUGUGUGGUGGGCAUCUUCUAUGUGGCAUCCAUGCUGACAUACACUGCCCCUGUAACUUCUUACUCAGCCCAAAGGUCCAUGAUUUACUCAGUGUGUAUUACUGUUGUCCCUCCAAUGCUCAACCCUUUUAUAUACAGCUUGCGCAAUAGGGAUGUGCUAGCAGCUCUGAAAAAACUCUUGGGAGAGCAUCCCUCCUUCUGCACUUCUGCCCUCCUGGCAGGAGCCUGGCAGGGCACUGGAUAUAUUGGAGGUGGUGCUAACCUUGGAGAUCUCUGA